AUGCGGGGAGGAGUUGGUGUAAUCCUACAAUCACUCAAAAGAGAUCGUCUAAAGUAUGCGAUAUGUCUACAGUUCCAGAUGACCAACAACGAAGCUAAGUAUGAAGCCCUCUUCCAGGGCUUGGAGUUGGCUAAGUCACUAGGAGCAGAGUCAAUUCUCGUCCAAGGAGACUCACAACUGAUCAUAGAACAAGUGAAUGGGACAUAUGAAGCCAAGGAAGAACGAAUGAAGAGGUAUUUGAGCAAAGUCAAGCAAUUUAUUAAGGGAUUGACAACAGGAAAGUUUCACCAGAUUCCAAGGGAAGAAAACAUGGAAGCUGACAACCUAGCCAAGGCAACGUCUACAGACGAGUUGAUGGAUGACCAAAUUAAAGUUUAG